GUUUGCGGCACGAUAGCAUCUGGCACUUCUGAUAGGCAACAGCUGACUGAGUCUAAAAAAGCCGUCGACGGUGAAAUUUACGUCGGUGGUCAGUACCGUUUAUAAAACUCGGCAAACGGAGGAAAUUUUUUGGUGGAGUUAUUUCUUUUCGCAGGGGGCGACAUAAUUUUUUUUUAUAAACUGGCCUCUGAAUAUUAAUGGCUGAGCUCUCAGAUCUUAUGUAGGACCUGCGGCAGCCUGUAAAGAUGCCUGGACACGCACGGCUGAAGCGGGCACGCAGCUGCCUGAAGACGAACGCGCUGACGCUGCUAACGCUGCUGGGCGUUGUGGCUGGCAUCGUGCUCGGCCUGAUCUUACGCACCUCCAGUGACGAGUCGUGGUCGGCGCGCGACGCCAUGUACGUCGCUUUCGUCGGCGACUUGUUCCUGCGCAUGCUGAAGGCGCUGAUUCUGCCGCUGAUUGUAUCCAGCCUGAUCUCGGCCGUCGGCAACCUGGACCUCAGCCUGUCGGGCCGAAUCGGCGCGCGCGCCGUCUGCUACUACAUGGUGACCACGGUGAUGGCCGUUAUCCUGGGCAUCAUUCUGGUGGUGGCCAUCCACCCGGGCCAGGGCAACGACGAGGGCAUCGUCAAAGUCGAAUUCGGCCGCAACACCACCACCGCGGACACGCUCAUGGACCUGAUCAGGAACAUGUUUCCUCCGAACCUGGUGCAGGCUGCCGGAUUCCACUACCGCACUGUCCUGAUCACGCCCACUGCAGAGCAGGAGGAGGCCUACCGUCAGAAAAUUGGCAACGACUCGGCUAAAAUUCCAGUUCACAUGUUUGAAAUAAGUGGCCAGUACAAGGAGAACUCAAACAUCACGGGGCUUGUCGUCUUUUCAAUUGUCUUCGGCAUCGUGAUUGGAAUGAUGAAGGACCAAGGCAAGAUUCUCCUGCAGUUCUUCACAGCCAUGUCCGAAGCCGUUAUGCACCUCACGCGGAUCGUCAUAUGGCUGUCACCUGUCGGCGUCUGCUUCCUGAUCGCGGCCAAAAUCCUGGAACUGAAGUCGUUCUCGGUGCUGCUGGGUCAACUGGGCAUGUACUUCGUCACCGUUAUGCUGGGCAUCAUGCUGCAUGGUUUCGUCGUGCUGGUGCUCAUCUACAUGGUGAUCGUGAGGGAGUUGCCGUUCCGCUACAUCGCCAACAUCAGCCAGCCGUUGGCUACCGCCUUCGGCACGUCUUCCAGCUCGGCCGCCCUGCCACUGACGAUCGCUGCCUUGGAGGAGAAGAACGGCGUCGACCCGCGCGUCGCCCGCUUCGUCCUGCCGAUCGGCGCCACCAUCAACAUGGACGGCACGGCACUGUAUGAGGCCGUGGCGGCCAUCUUCAUCGCCCAGGUCCGCGGCGUCUCGUUGGGCAUCGGCAGCAUUAUCGCCAUCAGCAUCACGGCGACGGCGGCCAGCAUCGGCGCCGCCGGCAUCCCGCAGGCGGGCCUGGUUACCAUGGUGAUGGUGCUGGACACAGUCGGCCUGCCAGCUGAGGACGUCUCGCUCAUCAUCGCCAUCGACUGGCUGCUGGACCGGUUCCGUACGACCAUCAACGUGCUGGGCGACUCUCUGGGCGCCGGUAUCGUCAACCACCUGAGCAAGCACGAGCUGGCCAAGAUCCCGCCCGCCACCGACAUGAUGCCCGCUAAGGCCGACAUGGGCGAGAACGGCAUCGAGGCCACGGCCAUGUGAGGUGUGCGUCCUCGCGCGCGAGCCGGCCUGCGCCACCUCUGCCGCGGCGGUGUACAAAUGUGACGCGGCGCGGCUUCUGUCGGCCGACGCGGCGCUCGGUAGUGCUCGGUGGGCACGCAGAGAAAGCCCAUCAGCUGCGUGCACUGUUUCGACAUCCCACCGACUGGGAGCCGCUCUUCAGCUGUAGCGGCGCUCGGCCCUCGCCCCGCUGUCCCUCAGAGCUGAAGUGGUAUUCGUUUUUUGCGUAGUUUUCUAGUUUCAGGCAUAGUUGUCGUGCGUGGACGUUAACUCGUGGUAACUCGAUCGGCUGCGACGGAUGCAGAUGGCACGGCGCUGGCAGCGGUGUUCGUCCUCCCCGCGGCGUGCUGAACAGAUGGCCGGCCCGUUUGAGCUUGGCGGUGCCGCUCCAUAUUCUCGUCUCGCCGCCUCGCCGUGUAGUGCGUGCGGGGACGUUUUUUUUUUUGUUUCAGCGGGACAGCUCCCACUCCUGUCAUCCCACCAAGUGACUCGUUUGGCCCUAUUGGAUAAUUGCCGCGCCGGAACCGUUGAUUCAAUAGAGCGCUGCCAACUAGA